GGGACGCAGAGAUCUCAGGUAACCCCCCCCCCCCCAAGACUCCAAACAAGGACGACCAGAAGAGAGAAAUAAAACCAAAAAAGGAGAAAAGAAACGAGUUUUGAUGAAUAAGGAUUUUUCAAAUAUUCGGAUACACACUGGGGAUAUCUGGAGGAAAGAAGAAAAACACUGCACUUACACACAAGACAAUUUUCUUCUGCGCUUGACGAGGAAAAAGUGGGCAUUUUCGGACGGAUAUGAAGACGAAAAAGGGUUUGAUGAUGCUGUCGGGGAGUGAGACGGAUGAUGAGGACAGCGUGGACGCCCCCCUGGAUCUGUCGUCCAGCACGGGGAGCAACGGGAAGAGGAAACGGCGGGGGAAUCUGCCCAAAGAGUCAGUUCAGAUCCUCAGGGACUGGUUGUACGAGCACCGUUACAACGCUUACCCCUCUGAACAGGAGAAAGCCCUCCUGUCCAAGCAGACUCAGCUCUCCACACUGCAGGUGUGCAACUGGUUCAUUAAUGCAAGGCGGCGACUUCUCCCAGAGAUGCUGAGGAAAGAUGGCAAAGAUCCCAACCAGUUUACCAUAUCGAGGAAAGGUAGCAAGGCUGGCGACAGCUUCUCUGACAGCUCCCAGUCCCCGAAACACAGCAGUCCUGCAGCCGGUACAGAGGAGAGCUACGACAAACGUGUUCUCCACCCCUCCAGCUUCGAACCUGCCAUGCCUGGUGUCCUGAGGAAGGCAGUGUCCCCCUCCAUACCCUCUCCGACCUCCACGUCCCCCUCUCCAGGGCUCAUUCCCACCCGCCCCUCUGUCAUCUGUCACACCACUGUCACCGCAGCAAUGCAGGCCAGCCCGACAGCCUCCCACCCUUCUGUGCCAGGAAUGAACUGCGACAGGGCAGCUGAGCUGUUGCAGUCUGCACAGGCGCUGCUCAGGUGCCAGGAAGAAGGGCCAGGCAUCCAGCCGCUCCCCACCACUACCACCAUCCUCGGCAGCACCAGCAUGGAGGGCAACCUGAGCCCCCGCAGCGGGCUGUUCAACACCCCUCCCCCCACCCCUCCAGACCUCACACAAGACUUCAGCGGCUUUCAGCUCCUGGUGGAUGUGGCCCUCAAACGGGCUGCAGAGAUGGAGCUGCAAGCCAAACAGCUGGUCUCCUAAAGGGAGUAAGUGACAGAAGAAGAAAAGGAGGCAAUAGAGACUGACUUUGUGUCUCAACUAUGGAACUCCUCUGAGUUCAGUGACUUGUCUGCACGCAACAGAGAACAAAUCCACAUGAAAGCCUGAUCAUUUCUAUUUUUGGUAUACCAAUCAAAUUGAUGAGGAUGUUUUUUUUAUUGAAAAAAAAAAACUAUUGAGGUGCCUUGGCUGUAAGUUUAUUCAUUUCAUAUACAUGCUUAUGUAUCUACAUGUGUAUCUUAUUUGCACACAGGGACCAAAAAUGUUAUCAGAGAAAUGCUGCCUGUCUAAUGUCUUUCCAUUAUACUGUAUAUCAUUUUAGAGAACGGAGCAAAAGCUAGAAUCAGCCCUCCUUCACAGACCAGUCAGACAGAUUGGUUGCAUUCACACACGUUUACUGUUUUACAUUUCAGAGAUCAGUUCAUAAUUGGUCUGCCUCGUUUGCACACUAAAGGCAGAGGAAGGUCAUCUCAGUGUCUUAAACAUACUUUGCUCUUGGCAUCUAUGACAAACUUAUUCACUACUGUAGUAAAUGUUAUGUGUUUUCAUGAGUAUGAGUAUAGUUUUGAUUUUGUAAUUUACUUUUACUUUUAGGUAUUUUAAAAGAA